AAACCCACAGCAAAGACGUGAAAGAGCAAGACCGAGGCCGAGAGAGAGAGAGCAAUGAGCAAAUCCCCUGGCCAAUUGCCGCUUAGGCAAGAGAACGACGGUUCCCCGCCGCUGCAAUCAGCGGCUGUGGCGGCGGCCGCGGCGGCCGCGGCGGCGGCUAUUGCUUCUCGAGGUCCUCUGCAGAAGACCAGCUCCAAAGUAAAAGAAGUGCACUCGACGAAAGCGUUUGGGUUCCCUCUCCGUUCUCUCAUACGCGAUCCAGAUGAGCAGAUUCCGCCGCCUCCAAUUAGCGAAUUAAGUGAAGCACCGGCGGUUAAUUCCCCUGAUGGGUUGCCGAAGGAGAACUCCCUCGACUCCCCACUCCGAUCCCCUGUGCGACGAUUGGAGAACCAAGCUCCCUUGCCUAUUCCCCAAACGAAUAAAGAAACACCGUUCCUGGCUUCGCCUUUCCGAUCCCUGAUGCGGGGAGCGGACAGCAAGUCCUCUACUUCUUCGCAGCAGCCAUUAUCAACUCAUAACGAGAACUCAUCGAGAUCACCUGCAGGAGAUGGGACGGUCGAGAACGCUGGAAGCCCGAUGUUGCAGACGGGAAGAUCGACUGAAAAACCGUUCACGAUGGACAGGAUGGCAGCACCGCCAGCGACUAUGUCGGCGAAGGUCGGCCGCGGUGUAGUGAAUGGGAUGCGCGUGGAAUCGGGAGUCCUACGAUGGCCGGCGAUGAAGAAGGCCGAAUUGGGGCUCAGGAUUUUGGAGGUGGUUCUCUGUCUGAUCUCCUUCUCGGUGAUGGCGGCCGAUAAGACAACCGGUUGGGCCGGUGACUCGUUCGACCGCUACCAGGAAUUCCGGUAUUGCAUUUCAAUGAAUGUUAUCGCGUUCGUGUACUCCGUAUUUCAAGUGUUCGCUCAGUUUUAUCAUAAGAUGAAGAAGAGAAGCAUCAUAGACCCUCCUUUGACUUACUAUUUGGAUUUUUCCAUGGAUCAGGUUUUGGCUUACCUCCUGAUGUCUGCGUCAUCGUCGGCAGCUGCUCGCAAUGACGAUUGGAUCUCCAUGUUUGGGAACGAUAAAUUCACAGACAUGAUCAAUGGCUCCAUCGCAAUGUCUUUCCUUGCUUUCUUGGCAUUUGCUAUGAGCUCUAUAAUUUCAGCUGACAAGCUCUUCAGUUGGAAGCCCUGAAAGCACAGGAGUGCCUAUGCUUCGCUUUAACAGUAUGUUGUAAAUUUCAUAUACGUGUUUAUAUAUUUUUUUUCUUGUUUGAUAAAUUCACAUUCCCAUAAUGGAAGGGAAAUUAUUAUCAGGGAGUGACUUCAUUACUUGUAAUAUUGUAGCUGUGCUUCUAUUUUGCCAUUGCCAUUUCUUAGCAGGUAUUGCUAAGCAACAGAGUUAUUUAGGCUGGCAAUAUAGAUUUGUUUAAUUAUUUUGCAAGAUGAAUAAAAUAUAAGCAUAAGUUGGAAGGCCA